AUGCCCAUGCUGCGGCGCGGCGUCGAACUGCUCGUCGUCUCGCUGGUCCUCCUGCCUGCGGCGCGGGGCCUCAAGGGCCCCACGCGGGCGCCCGCCGACGAGCCGAAGGUGACUCCGGAGGCGCGGUGGAGGACAGCCAACGCGUUGGCCCAGUUUUCGGGCGGCGGAGACCUGGAGGCCCCCGCGCAGACGCCGUGGGGUGGCGAGGGCGUCGCGAGCGCGGCAAAGGAGACCUUCGCGGUCGUGGUCAACACGUUCAGGAGGAAUACGUGCUUGCAGAAGGUGGUAGAGAACUACAUGGGCUGCAGAGGGAUCGUGGACACCAUCCGCGUGGUCUGGAACGACCCUGGGCGGGAGCCGCCAGCGUGGCUGUCCGCGCUCGAGGCCAAGACCGACGGCAACGUCGCCGACGUCGCCCCUCGCGUCGUCAUCGACUACAACGAGGGCAGCAAUCUCACGAAUCGGUUCAAACCGCGGGCGUUCACCUCGGAGGCCGUAUUCAGCCAGGACGACGACUUGUUCUAUUCUUGCACGCUGUUGUCAGCCGGCUUCAAGGUCUGGCAGGCGUUCCCCCGCCAGCUUGUCGGCUUCGGGCCCAGGUGGGUGCCCUUCCAAGACCCUGGGCUGGAGAGCCGAAACGCCGAGGGGGCGCGCGCGGCCUGGACCUAUGGCCGUGCCAACGUCGUUCUAGUGACGAAAGGCGGCUGGCUCCACCGGGACUAUUACAAGGCCUUCUUCCAGCCGCGCCUGCAGAACCUGCGCGACCUCGUGGACCGCAACAGGACCGCCGAGGACAUGUUAAUGGCCCUGCUAGUCGCGAACCACACCGGCCUGCCCCCCGUGCCGCUGCUCGUGCCGUCACGCGGCCCGGACCUGCCCUCCUGGUGGCCCGAGUCGCCGUUCAAGGACUGGUUGCCCGGCCCGCCGGCGCAGUCGGCGGAGAAGCACCUCACGAACUUCGAGUUUCUCUGCGGGGGAGGCCUCACCGAGGGCGUCGGUAACUCUAACAGGCAGAGGGCAAACGUUUUCAGGGACCUGAUGGAGGCGUUCGAAUACUACCUGCCCAGCACCACGCAGUUUGUGGAUCCGCUCAAAGGCUAUUUUGGUGAGCCUGGGAUGGCCAGUAGCACAGACGACAAGUACGUGCGCUUCAACCGCCUGAAUUCGACAAAGACGGUGCUGCCCAGUGGCGAGCCCAGCACCUGCGCCACGUACGAGCAGUCCAUCCGUGGGCAUGUCGAGAAGUUGUCUCCUGAGGACGCAUUCCUAGCGAUGCUGGAUCCCCUCAAGAAGCCGAUGCUCGACGAGGAGCAUGGCAUGUGGCAGCCCGACGGCUGCAACCUGAGGCUCUACCGUCCGGCAGAGGCCUGCGACGUGCUGCAGCGGAUGGGCCACAAGCGCGUGCUGUUCAUAGGCGAUAGCUUCAUGCGCCAGUUCUACCUGGCCUUCCUGCAGACCCUGUUAGACGGGAACGCGGAAGGGCAGGUGCUCGCGCCGAAGCAGCCGUGGGCACCUUCGUCAGCCGAGGCCCGGGGUGAUCUCUCCAAGUGCACCGCCGACGUCGUGGCGGUCGAGGUGGAGGGCGCGAAGUUCUGUCGUCACCAGUUCGCCCGAGACACACGGCAGCAGUUCGACGAGCAGCGCCAGAGCAGGCUGUGCGGCGGCCAGGUGGACCUCGAGUUCGUGUACGGAGGGGUGACCAACCCUGCCAGCGAGGAGUACCCGCAGAUCAGCUCCGCGAACCGCAGCGCAACGCUGGUUGUCAUGGGCUCGACGGACUUCAGCAACACUAGCGUGAAUAACAGGACGGACUCCAGCAGCGCAGUCGUGGACGGCAAGGACCUCAGCAGCACCUCUAAGAGCAGCACGGACUCCAGUUGCACCAGCGUGAGCAGCAGGACGGACUCCAGCAGCACCAGAGUGAGCAGCAUGACCGUCCGUGGCGAGCAGCUCAACGGACUCCAGCACUAUCGUGGCCAACACAACGGACUCCCGCUCCUUCGCCACAGUGUCUUUGUGGCGCAGUGCGGCUGGCCUUUGCGUCUUGGGACGAGGUUCGUGGAGCGGACGCUUGUGGCCCGCACUCGGUUCGAUAUGCUCGCAGAGGGGCAUCCAGCGUCCAUUGUGGGCACGGCCGCAGCGGCCCUGCCAGUGGGGUCUUGGCUGACGGACGCGGCUGCACUGGCUCGCGUACUCCCGUCCCCCCCGCUGCCCAUCACCGGGCACCCUGCUGUCGCGGGAGCCCCGGUGGGCGCGGCGAAGCGCUGCCCCGAGGCGCGUCGAGCGUUCCUCCAAGCCUAUAAAUUGCAAGUGUUGCGGCCUGCGAUGCUGGAGUAUGUCGCAGCCUUUCAGGAAGCGGCUACGCCCAUCCUUGCCACCCUCGGCUUCUCCUUCGCGGACGUCUGCGCGGCGCACCAAUCCUUCGGCCUGGACUCGGCCGGCGCGGCGGCGGCAGCCCCAGCCGCCGCGGCGCCAGCUGGCAUGGCUGAGGACACGAACAGCAUGGAGGACGAGAGCACCGGCGCCACGCAAGGCAUGACAGCCUUGCAGCUGGGGGCUGCCGCUGGCGCUGCUGACGGUGGGGUGUCGCAGACGCUGGCCGAGUCGGAGGCCAUCGAGGUGGACGAGGAGAACGUCGCGAGGAUCGCCGCCUCCGCUGCUGCCGCCGGGCCCCCUGGCCCUGCCGCACAGCGCCUCACGCUGUGGCUGCCCGCGUCGGUGGUGGCGGACCUGGUGGAGACGGUGGUUUUGGAGCACUUCGAGGUGCUGCAGGCCGCUACUGUAGUCGGCCGUACGACUGUGGGCCUGACCCCGCGAUCAUCACUCUCGGAUUGGUCGAGCUUGCAGGCGGUGCUCCACGGCCUCGCCUUCAAGCCGGAGUCGCUGAACAUGUGGUUGCGGCUGGGGCUGACUCCGCUGGAGGGCCCAACACCCAAUGCGGCCCUGAUCGAGCAGCGCUUCGAGGUGGCUCGUCUGCUGCUCACGGCCGCGGACGACCAGAGUUGGCGACCUGUGGACACCGCCGCUGCGCGGCGGACGUUGGAAGCCCUCGACGAGGCUCGGGCGGCCUGCCAGUUUGAACUCCCAGGCUUCGUCCGGCAGCGAGCGCCACAGGGUCGCGAGCAGGUCCCGCGCUGGGCGGAACUGGGACCUGGCGCCCGCCAGUUGCUCCUUCGAGAGCCGCUGGGACCCGAUGAGGUCAUCCUCUCGCAGCUCUCCGAUCUCGAGGGGGGGUCCGCCGCGCUCCCAACCCUGCCGCCUGGCUACGCUCCCUCGGGCUUUCUUCCGCCGCGGGAGGCCCGCGCCAUCGUGGAGCAGCUGUUCGCUCACGGCCCAGAGGCGCUCACGGGCGCAGGGAUCUCGAGGGCUACGAUCUGGUGCCCCCAGGACGCUGCCGUGACGGGCCGGCUCCUCGGUGCCUACACUCGGCACGCUGUCGCGGCGCCGCAGCCCCUGAUCCUCCGCCUGAUCGUCGUGCUGGACGCGCCGGCAGGUUGUUCAGACGCCACCGCGUUGGCAGACCUCUGGCCGCACCCGCUGCUCAGACACAGAUCUCCGGUGGUUCGUUCGGUCCAGUUCACCGAUCGGCCUCUGGAGGUCAUCCUGGGCGGUGCGUCGACGCCGGCGCAGGGACUGCGGACGCUGAUGCUUGUCACGCUGGCUCCCUCGACGUCUACUCCGGUCCCCGUUUCGAUCCCUACGGAAGGUCUGCUCUUCAACUUGGAGCGUUGCCGCAGCAUCCAAGUGGAUUGCCCGUUCGGCGAUCUGGUUGUCGUUCAGCGCCUGCUGCGGCAGACACUCGGGCAUCUGCCCAUCCGCUGGGCGGGCCCUGGCCGCAGCCUAGGGCCUUUGCCCAGUGCGCUGAUGGCGCUAGACGACAUCUAUGGCGAUGCGGCGGCCCCCCUUCUGGAGAUCUCCUCCCCGCUGGCCGCUCCGCUCAUGAGCUUGCUCUGCGAGGAGAUGGCUUUCGUGGGGCCCAAGCGUCUCACAGUACGCUCGCUGGCUUCGCAGGCGACGUGGGAGAAGCACCUGGAGAAGGUCUUCGCGGAUGACCCGUCGUGCUGUGGCAUUCGACUCCGUUGGCGCUCAUCCAGGCUGGGCGGUCGCGUGAUCGCACAGCCGGAGGCCACAGGCAUCUUGGCCCACCUCACGGCACAGGGGGUCCAUCUUGCACCGGCGGCCGCCAGCUCGCAGAUGCAGCCAGGUCAGUGGCUGGCACUCCGCGACCUCCAGAACAACGUGAACGGCCGCCUGCGCCUGACGCUGGCCGACGAGGCCCAGGUGCAGCAGGUCUUGGGUAUGGUGCACGAGAAGGCGUUCGCAGUCGGGGGAGACGCGAUCACAAUCACAGCCGUGGAGGACGGAGCGCAGCGGGAGGGAUUUUUCGCGUCGCGGGCACGCUCCCACGGCGCGAAGCGCCUCUUGCUGAAGAGGCUGCUCGUGCACGCAGACUUCGCGAUGCUGUCCGAGACGCACGGGACGACAGGGAGUCAGACAGCAUUCUCGGACUUACCUGGCACACGGUCGUUCUGGUCAGCUGGGACGGCCUCCCGGGGAGGCAUCGGCAUCGUGGUCAAGCGUGACUUUUUGCGUCGCUUUCAGACGGCGGAGCCCGUGUGGGAGGAGCUGGAUCCCGGCCGCCUUGGGCGCCUGACGCUUCGCGGCCUCGACGGGGCCCUGGAUCUACAUGCUGCUUACUUCCCCACUGGCCGGCGCCACAGCAUACACGGAGCCGCGCCGACCGCGGCGCAGCAGACAGCACACUUGCUUUCAGUGCGCCGUCAACGGGGGGAACUGGCUGGCCUGAUCCGGCGGGGCUUACGACCACAGGCAGUGCUGUCGCUCCUCGCCGGCGAUUUCAAUUUCGUCCCAACGCGGGAGGACCGUCUCAACAAGGACACGGGGAUCUUCACUGGGGAUUCGGACGCGGCGGAGGCCCGGCACUGGCAGAGGCUGUUCUCGGACGAGGCCUUGCUCUACGAGAUCUGGCAGCCGGAUGCCACGCACGACGGCCCGAAGUCCAGGGGGCGCCUCGACCGCGUCUACACCAACCAGCAUUUGUGCGAGCAGCUGGACCGCUGGUCUUUCGCAACGGCCCUCGAGUGGUGCCCUCGCCUGUCUCAGCAUCGGCCUCUGGCCUUCGGCAGGCUGGCGCGGCCGCCGCGCCCCCCCUCGGAUGCCCCUAUUCCUGAGGCGGUACUCCGCGCUGAGAGUUGGCCGCUGCGCGUCUCGGCUGACUAUCACAGACGGCUCCGGGAGGCUGCCUCUGAAUGCGGGCCCCUCGACAGGCUGGCCUUGCUGAAGGGUGCCAUUCGCCAUGUCUCGGAUCGCAUGCGAACGGAGAUGGCGCUCUCGCAACGCACGGCGGCGCCAUCGGCGGACGACGAGCUCGGCGCGGUGAUGGGCGCACUCCGGCGCCUCGAGCGCGUGCGCUGGCUUUGGGUCCCCCACUUCGCGGCGCGCUGUCCGGCGAUUGGGAAUUCGCUGGAGCAGCGCCUGGUGGACCAGGAGCCCGGGGCCGCUGCGGCGAUCCUCCGGCGCCUCGCGGUGGAUCUGGCCAGGCAGGCCGCCCGCGCCGACCUCGAAGAGCUCCGCGCAGACUUGCCCGAGCUAGACCCUGAGCUCGCGCAGCGCCGGCGCUCGUCCAUCCUGCAGCGGAUCCGAAAGCUGGCCCCAGGGCGUUCGGCGACGGCACUGGCACCGGAAGACGCCGACGGCUCGGUGCAGGUCGCUCCGGAGGAGGUCGCCUGCGUCCUCCGUCGUCACUGGGGUGAGGUCUUUGCAGAGCGCCGCUUGCAGGUAGCAGACAUCGAGCAGUGGAUCCGCAGGGACAGGGAGGCGCCGGAUGGCCUGGCUGCUGCGUUGCGGCCACUCCUGGAGGACCUUGGCCAGUGGCGGAUCUGCAAGCACGACGUGGAGCGGGCGAUCUCUCGCACUUCUCGUUCGGCCCCGGGGCCCGACGGCAUCCCGUACGCAGCCUGGCGUCGCCUUGGGCUUUUGGCUUGCGACGCGCUGUUCGACGCGGCGGAGCUCCUUGAGACCGACGCCGGGCAAGCGGCGCUGGCGACGACCUUCCCUCUCAAUGGCGACGGGCACUCCAAGUUUAACGAGGCGACCAUGGUGUUCCUGCCGAAGAAGCAGCUGCUGGUGUCUGCAUCGGGGGUGGAGUACACGAGGGCGGAGGACGUCAGACCCCUGAGCCUUGUGAACACAGACAAUCGCCUUCUGGCCAACGCCAUGCGGCUCAGAAUCGAGCCCAUCCUAGAGCGGGCAAUCUCGACGAUGCAGCAGGGUCUUUUGGCGGGCCGGUCGAUGCUUAAGAACGUGACAGACGUUGACGCGGCGAUGCGGGAGGUUGCUCUACGCGACGACGAACCGGCAGCUGUUUUCUACGACUUUCAGGCCGCCUUCCCGUCGCUUUCACACCAGUUCCUCUUUCGCACACUUCGUAGGCUGGGUCUGCCGCUCUCGGUCUGCAGCUUCGUGGAGAGCCUCUAUUGGGGGCAUGGAUGCAGCCUUGCGGCCUGCGGGCAAUUUCACCGCGGCUUCAAGAUCAGCGCAGGGAUUCGGCAGGGGUGCCCACUGUCUCCGUUGUUGUUCGCAGUGGCUGUGGACCCGUUGCUCAGGAAACUCCAGCGCGAACAGCCUGCCGCGACGGUGCGAGCCUACGCCGACGACCUGGUCUCGGUGCUGCCAAACCUGGCGGAAGCUCUCCCCGCGCUGGUCCCGCUCUUCAGCCAGUUCGCAAUGGCAUCUGGGCUGCAGUUGAACUUCCGCAAGGUAAUCGCGGUGCCCCUCGGCGACCGUUCCCCAGAUCAGGUGUCGCGAGAGCUGCGAGCUUCCUUCCCUUCCUGGGGGCAGAUUCAGUGCCAGUGCUGGGCGAAGUACCUCGGCUUCGUGCUGGGGCCAGAGAGCGAGGAACGGCCGUGGCAAGCAGCCAUCGAGAAAACCAGCGGGCGGGCCCGUCUGUGGUCUUCGAUCGGGCUCGGGCUGCAGUUCGCCGCCGUCGUGCACCAGGUGUACAUCGCCUCCACGCUGGGGUUUCUGUUGGAGCUUAAGCCGCUUCCAAGGGAGUGGCCAGUCACCGAGGCCCAAAUCCUCCGUCUUCUGGUGCGCGGCCCGUUCAGGUGGUGCGAUCCGGAUGACCUGCACGGGCUCCGGCGGGAUUUCGGCUUCCCGCAGGAGUUCCAAGAUUUACGCAUCGUGAGCGCCGCGGCGAAAUUCCGCGUUUGGCACCGCGAAGCCCGGGCGCAGGGCGGGCUGCAAUGCGUGUCUCGGCUUCGAUGCUUGGAGGCGCUGCUCCGCGAUUCCCCUCGCGUUCACCGCCUGGCGCGGUGGCCCGGAUGGUGGCGGACUUCGUAUCACCAAAGGCUGCGGGACAACGCCGACGCGCUCAUGCGGCAGGGCAUCACGCUCCUUGAAGCGCAGCACCAGGCGGAGACGGGGCUGCAGCGCGCGGUCGGGAGGCUGCUUCUUGCCCAGGAGCGGAGGCUGCCAGAGGUGCGCAUGCGCGCCAAGCUCGAGCACUGGGACGUGGGGCUUUUCCCGCGGCUGCGAGCACAGCGGGCGACGACCGUCUUGCACCGGCGCUUCGGCGGGCGCGGAGCAUGCCUGUUCUGCGGCCUCGAGGACGGGGACUCAGUGGAGCACGCCACGGUUUGCCGCGCGCUUGCCGAGUUCGGGGCGGGCCACCUGCGGCUGCCGCACCGGCGAGACCGCGAAGCGCGGAGGCUGGACUUCUUGCUGCUUGAGCCGCAAUCCGAGCUCACGGAUGCUCGGCUGACGCUCGGGGCUCUGCGGAUGGCCGCGGCGUACCAGCUGCAUUGCAGGUUUCGGCUUCAGCGAGCGGCCCUGAGUGGCGCGCACACGGUGCGCCGCGCACUUGAGCAAGCCGUCCGGGAAGCCGUGCAAGGGCAUCGCCAGGCCGCAGCGGUGUUGGACACGCGCUGGCAGUGA